AUGCUUUUUGGCACAGGUGCUGUGGAGAUCCAGGUCCCUGAUGAUCCCGUGGUGGCGCUGGUGGGCAGAGAUGCCACCCUAAGUUGCUCCUUCAGCCCCACGCCCAACUUUAGCCUGGCCGACCUCAGCCUGAUCUGGCAGCUGACGGACACAAAGCGGCUGGUGCAUAGCUUUGCCCAUGGGCAGGACCAGCUGGCUGACCAGGGUGGAGGCUUUGCCAACCGCACCUCCCUCUUCUAUGACCAGUUACUCGUGGGCAACGUCUCCCUGCUGCUGCGGCGGGUGCAGAUCGCUGACGAGGGCAGCUUCACCUGCUUCGUGCGUGUGCGGGACUACAGCAGCGCAGCCGUGACUCUGCAGGUGGCAGCUCCAUACUCCAAACCCAACAUGAACCUGGAGCCCAACAAGAAUCUGAAACCUGGAGACCCAGUAAUGGUCACCUGCUCCAGCUACCAGGGCUACCCGGAGGCCGUGGUCACUUGGCGGGACGGCCAAGGCCGCAACUUGACGGACAACGUGACCACUUCCCAGAUGGCCAAUGAGGAGGGCCUGUUUGACGUGCACAGCGUGCUGACGGUGGUGCUGGAGGCCAAUGGCACCUACAGCUGCCUGGUGACCAACCCCGUGCUGCAGCAGGACGCCCACGGCUCUGUCACCAUCACAGGUCAGCACCUGACAUUCCCUCCUGAGGCCUUGUGGGUGACUGUGGGCCUCUCCAUCUGCAUCCUGGGGCUGCUGGUGGCCCUGGCCUAUGUGUGCCGGAAGAAGAUUAAGCAGAGCUGUGAGGAAGAGAAUGCACGAGCAGAGGACCAAGAUGAAGAAGGGGAGGAACCCAAGACAGCCCUUCAGCCUCUGAAAAGCACCGACAACAAAGAAGAUGAUGGACAAGAAAUUGAGUGACAGAAGGAGUCAUGCUACAGUGAGAGACUACCUCCCAUGAAGCCGUGGACAACGAUCCCACUGCCCCACUCCUGGCCUUACCUGCCUUCCCCUUCCCAUGGAGAUUGAGGUCCCCCGGGGAAGCAUUUAACCCUGGUGGCUAUGACCCCUUCCCUUCAAAAAUGGAAACUGCUGGGUCAGCAUUUCAUGGUAGUUUAGGAAAUUCUGCCCCUGUUAACAAAUGAGCACACGUGUGUGUGCGUGCACACCACUCUCUCUCUCUCUCUUUCUCUCUCACUCGCUCACUCUCCCCUCCCUGGUAUUUUUCCAGCAAGAGGAAUGGAGUAGUGUGUCAAAUGGAGGGUAGUGUCCCUCUCCUCUUGGGAAAUAUGUGCUGGCUGCAUCAUUCCCCUGAGACCAGGGUGGGAGACAUGAUGAGAUUAUGGAGGGGCUGGGUCCCUUUGAAGUAUGAGAGGAGGAGAGAAAGGAGCAUAGGCAUCCCUCAAGAAGGAAUCAGGGUCUCUUACCCUUAGAUCCUCAACACUCUCCUCCUCCCCGACAUAAACCUCUGGUUGUUACCGGGAGGGAUACCGAGGCUUUGUAGGAUCUCCUAGGCUGUAAUCCCCUGCAGGCUGUGUCCAAGACCAUCACAGAGGAGAACUUCCCUUCCCUAGUCCCCUCCUCUUGCCUUCCUGAAAUGCUUCUCCACUAGCCCUGUUUCCUGCAUCAACACCUCCACUACUCUGCCCUUGCUGCCUCUGGUCCCAUCUGUGCUAGAGGAUGCCCUUGUCCACAGGAACCCCAAUUCAUCCGGAAGUCACCCCUCCUAACUAACUCUCUCCCUGGGGUGCUCCUGGUAGCUGGCCCCAUUGGCCCUGGAGAUCUGGCAGGGAGCAACCCCAGAAACAAGCCUCAGGAGAGGAGGGUCUGGCAGGGGUGCCCCAAGUGUUCACCCAUAAGGCCCCAGCACCAAGGGAGUCCAGACAUUCUGUUGGCCUUUGAAUCUGCAGAACGGGCCAUUCUGUUUGGGGGAGCUAACUAAGCAUUACUAUGUUCCAAGCACUGUAUUACACAGGGGAGUACCGAACCACUCUAGCCAGCAGUUCUGAUGAUUUUUAUUUUGUCCAUUUGGAUCCUCAAAUGCAGUUAAUUUGGUGAUAUCUAAGAGGGAGAACCUUCCAUCCUCCUCCCCACCAUGCCUAGCAACACUGGAUAUUUCACAGUGAGCCGGUGUUUUGGGGCAGGCUCCUGCAGUCUGCAGGGUGGAAAGCCCCUUGAUAGACUCCCAUUCUGAGUUCCUUGAGUCCUUAGUGCCUGGAAAAGCAUCUUUGGAGGAGGGUGGGCGAAUGGACUGACCCUCUGUUCUGUGCCAACUCGAGCCAGUCACUUUCCUGCUCACACCACCACAGGACUAGCCCUCUGAGACGUACCAGCCUUUCAUGGAGAGAUGGAAGCCAGCAAAGGCCAGAUCUGGGGCUGACAGAGCUGAAUACCCCUACAACCAGCCUCCAGCUGGCCCCUUCAAGAGAGUAGGUGUGGGUGCAGGGGCAGGGCUGGGGCCCGGCGAGCUGGUGCCACCCCAGAGGGUGCUCUGUGGAGAGACAUUCCCCCUGCCCGCUUCACCCAGGCAUCCAAGCUCACAGGAUGGUGCUUCUUCAGCUGAGAUGUAGCCCAAGCAGUCUCUUGGGUAAGAGUGAGUGGCAGAUGAUUGAAAGGAAUCCCCAAGGGAAAGGCACUGUUGUGGAAGUGACUCUUCACUGUGAGUCUCCCCCUCCCCCUCCAUCUUCUGGGCUGGGAAUCCCAGAGGGCUCCGUUCAGCAGGGCCUCCCCACUCUCCAGCUGAAGCCUGCCCCUCCUUGGCCAGGGCUGGGGGCAUCCCGGGACCAUGAGGUUAGAACUGAUUUUUUUUUCUAAUUUAAAUGGAACCCGGGAGUUUUGUGCCUUGAAGACAUGUUUUAGGGAAAAUAAAUGCUUGAUUCAUUUUUGAGAAA